UGGGAAGCAGCGACCCGAAAUGUUCGCUGGGCAAAGUUCCGAAAGCAGUGCUCCGAAUUGGAAGAAGAGUACUCUAAUCGUCAAUGGAAAAUCGUGCGUUAAUUAACGGCAUCCAGUAAUACAGUGCCAGGCAUUAGCAGCUCCGGGAAAAGGGCUGUCGCGUGCGCGUUAAAAUCGGUCCAAUCUAGUCGCGAAUUGCGAAACGGUUCGGUGUGCAAAGGUUGAAACAGAUCGCCACUCGCUGAAUGAGCACGGCUGCGGCCAUCUUGAAAGUGAGGCACCACAAACACACGCACAAACGUAGACACGUACGUACGUGCGCCGCGCACAUACACACAAACGUCGCCUUAGCCGCUCGGCCCCGCCGUGUGUCGUGAAGAGGAGGAGGGGGCUCUCUCGCUCUCGCUCUCUUUUGAUUCGCAAACUUACCGUGGUUCCUGUGUUUGCGGUCCGUCGGAAAAGAAAAACCCCGAGGAAACGGAGCAGCAUAAAUCCACGAUUUGCAACCAACACACACACGCACACACACGGCCAUCCGUCUCGUCAACUUCCAGCACCGGCGGAAGCUCUCGGCAUACAGGGCUCCUCGUUCCCCCCCCCCCCCCCCCCGCCCGCACCAUUUUUGUUGCCGUACCGGAACAACGCGUUUCUUUUUCCUCCAUGGCUGGCAUUAGAUGCUGGAUCUAGGAAGGCGCAGGAAAAAAAGAAACCCCCCCCCCAAUCAUCACUAACAGCAGCAGCAGGAGCAGAAGCUCAUUCGCCCCAUACAUAUUCGCCAUCGGUUGUCCUCUCGGUGUGACCACAACCGUACACAGUGCAAAAGCAGGGAACGAAAAGGGUAGCGAGCUGAACGAUUGCAUCCGAAAGGAGUACAUUCUGCGGAGCUCAAAAUUACCCCCAAGCGUUUCCGUUCCGACAUCGGUGGAACAGAGUGGAGCAGCAGCAGCGGCAGCAGCAGCAGCAGCAGCGGCAGCAGCAGCAGCAGCAUAAGAAUCUGGAGCGAACGGGAGUGCGGCGGCGGACAGGAAGUUGUUGAAGCGCGCGCCAGAACCAUUCCGGAGGCCCGUUUUGCAUGAGUAGAUUAUGUCUGAUAUCUGUGAGCAGAUGUGUACAUAGCCAUGGCUGCGACGCGAAAGUUGCAAGGUGAAAUCGAUCGGUGCCUGAAGAAAGUCACUGAGGGUGUAGAAACGUUCGAAGAUAUCUGGCAGAAGGUUCACAAUGCUACCAACAGCAAUCAAAAGGAAAAGUAUGAAGCAGAUCUCAAGAAGGAAAUUAAAAAGCUGCAGCGGUUGCGCGAUCAAAUCAAAUCAUGGAUCGCAUCCGGCGAGAUCAAGGAUAAAAGCGCUCUGCUGGAAAACCGUCGGCUCAUAGAAACCCAAAUGGAGCGGUUUAAGGUGGUCGAACGGGAAACGAAAACGAAAGCCUACUCGAAGGAGGGCCUUGGCGCGGCCCAGAAGAUGGAUCCGGCGCAGCGGGAAAAGGAAGAGAUUAGCACGUGGCUAACGUCGUCCAUUACCUCGCUGCAGAUACAGAUCGAUCAGUUCGAGUGCGAGGUUGAGUCGCUGCUCGCCGGCAAGAAGAAAAAGCUCGACAAGGACAAGCAGGACAAGAUGGACGAGCUGAAGGGCAAGCUGGAGCGGCACAAGUUCCACGUCACGAAGCUGGAGACGCUGCUGCGGAUGCUCGACAACGACGGCGUCGAGGUGGAGCAGAUCAAGAAGAUCAAGGAGGACGUCGAGUACUACAUCGACUCGUCGCAGGAGCCCGACUUUGAGGAGAACGAGUACAUCUACGACGAUAUCAUCGGGCUGGAUGACGUGGAAAUCUCUGGCAUCCCGGUGUCGACCGGUACGGAUAGCAAUAACAGCAACGAGACGGCAGGUUCGCCAAGCAGUCUAAUAUCGGGAACUAGUCCGGCGCAGUCACCGGUGCUAAACUACAGUGCCAGCACGUUACACAAUCACAGUAGCGAUCUGUCCGCCGAUAACAACAAUCUGAAUGAGAAGCGUUCGAAGAGCGAGGGCACGAAGAUUACGCCGGUGAAACCGACCGCAAUCCGCGCUAGCAAGGUGGACCCGUCCGUCACCGCUGUCAGCAAUGCCGUCAACAAUAACGGCAGUAGCAGCAAUAGCACCAGUAAUAAUAGUAGUAGUACCACUAUUAGCAACAACAAUACGUCCAAGACCGGGCUAAUCAGCUCGACGCCGAGCAAAAACCACGCGAAUGCUGCCGCGCCGCUACCCACCAUGCUGGUGCUACCGCAGCCGCCCAACAGUAUACCGAUCAUCGGGCCCGCUUUUGCUGCCGUUGCAAAACAACAUCCCAAAAAUGGUUCUAUACUCCAACCCAGCACGCCCACGACGGGUGCUGGCGCAUCGUCCGCAUCGUCGACAAGCGGGCCACUGCAAACGCAAGCACCGAAUUCAUCGAAUGUCUUUAGCAGCCUCAGUCAGAUUAUUAAUACAUCUCAAACUAAGCUUAGUCAGCAGCAGCAGCAGCAGCAACAGCAAACGCCGAGUAGUCUACCGAGUGCUGCAGCCGUUGUCGCCGCCGCGAAUAGCAGUAGUGGUGGUGUGCCGUCUUCGACACAGUCGAACGCAUCUUCACAACAGCAGCAGCAACAGGCGCAGCAGGCGCAGCAGCAGCAAGCACAGCAGCAGCAGCAGGCCCAGCAGCAGAUUCCUCCCGGUCAGAAUUCCAUGCUACUUCACAAUGCCCUGUCGUCGGCAUCGAGUACGGAGAGCAACAAUCAUGUAAUGAGUACAUCGUCCGCGUCUACCAUCAGUAGUAGCGGGGCGAACGUUAUUAAUAACUGUGUCUCUCCCAGCAAUUCCGCAGUCAGUAGCAGAGCGUCACCUAGCUUGAUGUCACCUCCGCAGCAGCAACAGCAACAGCAGCAGCAGCAACAGUUGUUGAACGGUCCCACAGCACUCGCGCAAGAAGUGAUAAAUAGAACGGGAGUUCUCGAAACGGGCCCAACCGCCAACCCGAACGCGUUAAUGCAGCAGCAACAGCAGCAGCAGCAGCAGAGCCAACAGCAACAAUCGUCGAAUACCCAGGGUGCAGCGGCGGUCGCGGCAGCCGCAGCCACCACUGCGCAACAAGCUGCAGCUGCAGCAGCAGCAGCACAAGCAUCCGCAUUUGUCGCGGCGGCUGGUCAGCUACAGCAGCAGCAACAACAGCAGCAGCAGCAACAGCAACAACAACAGCAGCAGCAACAAUCGCAACAGCAGCAACCACAACCACAGCCAGCAGAUUCGAGACAGGCUGGGCCAGUUCCUUCGAAUCAAACGCCCCAACCACAGUCCGGUGGCGGUGGCGGCGGCGGCGCCGGCCAGUCGUUAAUGGUCGAUGCGAGCGGCGUGCCGGCGGGAGCCAACGCGGGCAACAACCUGUUGCCAACGUCAUCGGCUACUGCCGCCAUCACGAACGGACCGAACACGAUCAUCAACACUAACUCUAGUAUUUCGAACGCCGCCAACGUGAACAGUGGUGGUGGCGGUGGCGGCGGCGGCCCCGGAGGCAUGAAGCCGUCGGCCGGUACGCACGAGGCCUGCAUACCGCCGCUACUCGGCGUGGCACCGCUGGGCACGUCCAAGCUGCAGAAGGAGCAUCAAAUACAAUUCCAACUCAUGGAAGCCGCCUACUAUCAUCUGCCAACACCAAGCGAUUCAGAGAGGCUAAGGCCGUACUUGCAACGUCAACCUGUCCAAACUCCACCGCACUAUCCACAGCAACAACUUCCACAUUCUGAAACGGUUGAGUUUUUCCAGCGUCUGUCACCGGAAACGCUCUUCUUCGUGUUUUACUACAUGGAGGGAACGAAGGCUCAAUAUCUAGCCGCGAAGGCGCUGAAAAAGCAGAGCUGGAGAUUUCAUACGAAAUAUAUGAUGUGGUUUCAACGCCACGAAGAACCGAAAGUGAUCAACGAAGAAUACGAGCAGGGAACCUACAUCUAUUUUGACUAUGAAAAAUGGGGCCAGCGUAAAAAGGAAGGGUUUACGUUUGAAUACAAGUACUUAGAAGACAGGGACCUGAAUUGAUCUUUACAGAUUACGGAACUCCUUUUUUAAAAAAUAUGUGGAAAAAAACAAAAUGAAGCGAAAAAAAUUGAUCAAUAAAAACUAUAAAAUGUUCUGAAAACAAACAAAUCCCCAAAAAACCACCCCCCCUCAACCCCAAACGGGGGCGAAACAACCGCAACCACCACUCACACCCAACACACAAAGAGAAACAAAACAAAAAAACGAAAAAUAAUGCCGUCGCUGUACAGUUUCGGUGGAGGAAGUCUAUCGUACUUGAAGGAAGCAACAAGCGGCGGCAAACAACAAGCAACGCGCUUCUUACUACCGACAUACCGUAUCAAUCAAUGCAUACGUUCCCAUACUGCAAAAAGAGCCUCCGUUUCGUUGUUCAAUAUCCACGACAACAGUUGAAUGGUGAAGAUUGAAUGAUCAUCGAUACUCUGCGUAAACGCAUACCUGUACAAACGGCAUUUCCCUUUGAAAUGGGUCCCUCACCCUGUUGAAAGUAACAUCCCACGACUUUCCGCCGUGUGGAACUUGCAAAGACUCCGAUUUAAAAAUGUUUGCCUUUGGUUCUCUCUUCGUUAAGCUUUUCAUUCUUUCUUUGUUUUUUAGAAAAAAGGAAGCUUCCACCAUCCUGUACAUAAAUCAGCGGUGCUCGUCGUCUGUCCGUGGGCCGUAUUUGCGGCACGAUUUUGGAAGCCGCCGGCACAGCCGUGUGGAUGCGGAUGCACUUAUGCAUUUUCAAACGGCAGCGGAGGCAUAUACGCUGGCUGCCACCUGUAUCUCGUUGUUUCUCUUGAACGUUUUGGGAAUGUCAAUUGGCGCUGGUGUGAAUAGAGUUUGUGUGUGGUGUGCCUCAUCGCGAGAGAUCGGUCCCCCAGCUACGAACAAUGUUUUAGUGAAAUCGUAAACCUUUAGAAGCAAAAGAAAAAAGAAAAAAGAAAACAUACACAACGUAAAACCAUAACAUAAUCCAUGAUUGAUUGAUGAUAGAGAAUAGAUUUUAAAAGUUCAAACUGAAGCAAACAAGAAAAA